AUGAUCACUCCUCAAUGGGACGAAGCAUAUUUGCUCAGCAUCGGCAGGAAUACCAGACCACUAUCAUACUGGAUCAUAGCUUUGAGACUCCGACAGGGUUUUCUGCGACUCUCCAAGAAGACAUCACGGCAGUUCAUCCAAUGGGUAUACCUUUUCUUCGCCAUAUACAGCGACUGUGACUUUGUCUUUUCCAAUCGGCUCGCUCCGGGCCUCCAAUUCGGAAGUACUUUCGGCGCCACGAGGAAGACAGACUAUGUCCAGGGAUUAUAUCUCCUGAAAACGAAGAUUCUCAUUUUAAGGAAUACUUCUACAAGUUCCCAUCAAUUCAAAUUUCAGAGGGAUCAUUCUGAGAUUUCCGACUUUACCUACCAAGACGGCCAUGCGAAGCGGUUACGGGUUACAUCGACUAUACCUGCGGAGAUUUACGUGAUAGUUCGUGUCUCAGGGUUAGAUGCCCUUGAAGAAGCUGCGCAUCAUGAGCCAGAAUGGAGGAUGUAUUUGGAUCCAUAUAGUCGUGGCGAGGAAGGCGUGUUAAGAUUUUUCGUACCGACAUAA